AUGACUCCUCCCUCCGCUCCGAGCCACCCAGCGCAGCCUUCAGCCAAACCGAACCCCUACGCGAGCCCCGACUUCACGAUCUCGAGCGCCCGCAACCUUGAGUAUCCGUACGAGAUUUGGUACUUUUUCGCAGGCUGCAUCGCGCUCCUCACCCUCGUCAACAUCACUUCGGCGCUCGUCCAUCGUCUGCGUCGCAGGAAUGGAGUCCCUCCCAGUCCUCCCACUGCGUUCAUGCGUCUCCCCGCCGCUUUGACGUACGUUUUCCGUCGCGUGGCAAUUUACUCGACGGUCUCGUUCGGCGGAUACUCGCUCGAUGUGGCGGAGCUUUUCAUGGCGGUUGGGUAUAUCGGGGUGAUCUUCACUUGGGCGUUCGUGAACACGACAAGUCAGAAGGGCCAACAGCUGCAAUUCUACUAUUGGACGAACCGCGCAGCCUACAUCGUGUCGACACAGUUUCCGAUGGUCGUCGCACUGGGAAUGAGGAAUAACAUCAUCGGAUAUCUGACGGGUAUCUCGUUGGAUAAGCUUAACCUUCUGCAUCGGGUGGCCGCGCGCGCCUUGUGUGUGCUGAUCUGGGUUCACGGUGGCUCACAGAUGCAUGCGGCUAUUCAAGGACACUAUAUGACGUCGCUCCUGCAGCUGUGGUGGGUGCGGUGGGGUAUCACCGCUGUCACUGCAUUUACCCUGCUCUGCACGUUCUCCGUGCGUCCGAUCCGGCAACGCGCCUACGAGACGUUCCUUAUUGGCCAUUUACUUGGUGUUUUGUUCUUGCUCGUCGGGGCGUAUCACCACACUAAGGGCAAGCAACAGUCCAUGUAUAUUUGGCCCUCCUUCGUCAUCUGGGCCUUCGACCGUGCCCUGCGCUUCAUCCGCACGUUCAUCGUCAAUAGCGGGUACACCUAUCUGCUCGGCAAAUCCGCCGCCCAGUCGGACAUUCUCGACGCCACGGUCGACGUCAUCUCUCCACACCUUCUGCGCGUCUCGAUCAUGCUCCCCAGCCGCGCCAGCUGGCGCCCCGCCCAAAUUGCAUACCUCGCGAUCCCAAACGUCAGCCAGACACCUUGGGAGGCGCACCCGUUUUCCAUCGCGAGUCUCGGCGACGGUGCGCAGGAUCAGGCGUCGAUCGGCGGGGGGUCAAGUAACUCGGGAUUGGAGAAACAGCGCUCAUUCACAGAAGCCAACGCCUUGUCUUCAGCCUCGUCGUCGUCGUCGGUGCAGAAGCAGAGGUCCAUGCGUGAGAUGGUGUUCCUGAUCCGUGUCCAUCGCGGCUUCACACGCCGACUUCUCGACGCGGCGCUCGCUGCGAAGGGCCCGGCCAGAUUUGGGGCGCUGGUGGAUGGCCCCUACUGCACGCCGCCCAGUGCACUGGGGUACGCGUCGUUACUGCUCCUUGCAGGCGGCUCGGGCGUCUCGUUCACGCUUCCGCUCCUCCUCGAUCUCCUUCGAGCCGCAUGCGCGAAGACCAAUCUGUGUUGUACACGCGUAGUGUUUGUUUGGUCCGUGCGCGAGUCUGGUGCGUCCUUCCCUCCCGCUUCCUUCCUUGCACCCGCAUCUCAGGCCUUCCACAGACCAGAUCCCCGCGAUAUCACCCCUCCUGUUCCCGGCACUCAUAUCCAACCCGGGCUCGACGUCGACAUUCGUAUCCAUGUCACGCAGAGCAGGGAGGACACCGACGGUGCGGUGGACGACGACUUGGAGACACCGACCGGCCCAGAGGAAUCAGACACCGAUCUGGCGCGCCUGCAGCGCUUCGCGUGUGUGCGCGUUCAGCGGGGACGGCCGGACAUCGACGAGCUGCUUGCCAGUGAGAUCGCCGCGGUAGGCGGUGGGUCGAUGGCUGUGAAUGGAAACGAUCAGCCUACUCAUACCCAGCCCUCCGCUCACACUCAAAUUCUCCUACAACCGACUCGAUUAUCGAAAUCGGCUCACCGUCGAAGCAUCAUCAUCGAAAUUCCCGACUCCAUCGAACGCCCCGACAUCAUCGAACUCGACAUGGAGAUCGCCGUGUGUUCCCGACCCGCUGCAGCCGCAAAGGCCGAUCGGAUCACACCGGGGCAUCUUCGACCGUUCGAGAGUUCCUCUGGCUCUUGCAUCUGGACACGUACGAACCCGACUAAGCGAUCGUUUAUAAGGCACUCUGCCGCGACUGGAUAUGCCACCAUCGCCAGCAGCCAUCGGUGCACUUCCAGCUCAACUCACAAUCGUACUCACACUGCAACCCACCCACAUACAUCUGCAAUGUCGUGCUCUUCUGUGAUGGCGUAUUACGGCUACUUCUCUCCUCAUCAGACUUCCCCACCUGCCCGUGACACAUAUCAACCCCCAGUCUCAACCCCAAGCAACGAGAUUCCGGCAGCAGAAAAAUCUCCCAAGAGAGACUCAACCUCAUUGCGUCGUGUUGUCCAAAAAAUACUUCAUCCGCGCCGAGGUAGCUCGAUUCGCUCCGAAUUAUCACGCAGCAGCUCGCAGUCGAGUGUCUCGGACGCGGAGGCAGAAACGGCCUAAACAUGAUGACGAUCUAUCUCCCGGCCUAGACUGUAUCCUUAUUCAGACUCAAUGUAUUUUUAUAUCGAAUCACUAUCAGCUCUUCGUUUUCA